AUGCAAAAUCACGAGGAGCUACUGGAGGAUAUACGAGAUGAUACAUCGGUUAACAUAAUACCAGAAAAGGAUUUGCCCAAGUUCGGUGCACCUCUGCAGAAUGUCACUAUACCAGUGGGACGUGAAGCGGUACUGCAGUGCGUUGUCGAUAAUUUACAAACUUAUAAGAUUGCGUGGUUACGUGUCGAUACGCAAACUAUUUUAACGAUACAAAAUCACGUAAUAACCAAAAACCAUCGAAUGAGCAUAACUCACGCUGAAAAACGUGCCUGGAUAUUGAGGAUUCGUGAUGUUAAGGAAUCGGAUAAGGGCUGGUAUAUGUGUCAGAUAAAUACGGAUCCAAUGAAGAGCCAAGUUGGAUAUUUGGAUGUUGUUGUUCCACCUGAUAUACUAGAUUAUCCAACCAGUACCGAUAUGGUGGAGCGCGAAGGUUCCAAUGUAACAUUGAAGUGUGCUGCUACUGGAUCACCGACACCAACGAUAACAUGGCGACGUGAGGGUGGCGAGCCGAUUCCGAUGCCAAACGGUUCAGAAGUUAUCAGCUACAAUGGAUCCUAUUUGACUAUAUCGAAAGUGAAUCGAUUGAAUAUGGGCGCAUAUCUCUGCAUCGCAUCGAACGGCAUACCACCGACGGUCAGCAAGCGUGUCAUGCUUGUUGUACACUUUCCACCCAUGAUUUGGAUACAAAAUCAAUUAGUUGGUGCGGCAAUUGGCCAGAAUAUUACAUUGGAAUGUCAAUCGGAAGCGUAUCCUAAAUCCAUCAACUAUUGGACUAAAAAUGACACCAUCAUUGUGCCAGGUGAACGAUUUGUGCCGGAGAACUAUGAGAACGGCUAUAAAAUUACAAUGCGAUUGACCAUAAACGAUGUUGACAUACAUGAUUUCGGUUCAUACCGCUGUGUGGCAAAGAAUUCACUUGGGGACACAGACGGAGCAAUUAAACUUUAUCAUAUACCACAAACAACGACCGUCACAACAGUUGCACCCACGGUCGCCCUGAACACGGUGCCAAUGGUCAUUGUCAAAUACAACAAAGAACAACGUUUUAACAAUAAAGUGCAUCGUACAAAGUCAAAAGCGGAAAUUCCGCCAUCAUCACUGAAUAAUGUAUUUGUUGGCGCUACAUCGAGCUUAUGGAACUCGCAGGACCAUUCAACGGGGAGGGACCAUCAUCAAACACCUGACCACAGCAACUAUCGCAGCGAUUCGAAAUCGCCAAUCAAGCAUGAUGCAGACUCAUUAACGGAUGACAACGAAACCAUGCAAGGAGGAGGCGUCUCUCUCUCAUACUCAAUUCCAGUCUUGCAAUGGUACCUUGGAGUUUCAUUAUUUGUAGCAUAUUUCACGCAAGUGUAGCAAUUAGACUAAGCAAGAUUAUAUUUGUUAGUGAGAAUCAACUAAAAAGUUAUGAAACCAGUAAACAGAACUACU